GGCCCGAAUAGUUUGCACCAAAACACUGAAGUCAGCUUUAGUUGUUGCGCGGCGCUGCACCUGUCGCCCAACCAGCUCACCUGCGCGCUGCCGGGGAUUUACCUCUUCUCUUUUCUUUUUUUUUAACCUCAGAAUGCGCCAGUGAUCCUUUCGCUCAGUCGCAUCUACUCGACAACUUAUCGAUAACCAUGAAGAGGGGGAAGUUGCAUUUUCGGGGUCGAAAGAACCAGUCUCUUUUCGACAACAACUUUCCAAUCAAGGAGAUGGAAAAUGUGGAGCUGGUGCUGAAGUCCCCAGCGGUCCCCGAGUCAGGAACGGCCAGUGUGCGGGCCAGACCCACCGUCAAGCAUAACGCUUCCUCAUUUGACAGCUUUCAAGGGUUUGCUGUCGCAACACCCAAGAUUCCCCUCCUCCCCUCUGUCAACGGUCCAAAGAUCAACGGUUCAGUUGGAGACAACUUGUCCAAUGGAUCUGUUAUGUCCGUGCCUGUCCUCAAAGAGGGAGGGUUGUUUGUUCCUCCUCCUCCUGCUAUGGCUCCUCCACCCCCUCCAGGAGCUUUUAUCCCUCCUCCGUUAGACUUCAUGGGGGACCUGAACAGUCUAAAUGCGGCAACCCUUCCCUCUCUCUCCAUGCCCGAUCCGAAGCCAGCCUCACUGCCACCAUUCAUGGAGGCGGAGGACUUAACCUUCAUGAAACCCCCACCAAUGGCUCCCCCAGAGCCUCCACCCACUCGCUCCAAUGGCUUUGUGUCAUCCGGCCCCAUUUCCCGUCCACCGUCAAACGUACCGACACAGCAUCCAACGUUCUCCCCACCGGUGCCUCCUUCGGAAAGUCAACACAAGUCUCAAAAGAAACCACCUCCAAAACCCAUUAGACUGUCGUCAAUGUCCAAUUUAGACUCGCCACCAGCCACACCUGCUCCACCCCCCCCUGAGAAGAAAACCACACUCUCCACCUUCAAUCCCCAAAACACAGCGAAGGUUUUCUCUGUUCCUCAGACCUCAUUUCUCAGAGGGUAUGAAGAGCAAGAUACAAGAAGCAAGCAGAUGUUGCUCCUGGAAGAUUCUGCGUCCAGUAACUCUGCCCCAGUUCUUGCAAAUGUUGAUGGAAAAGCCCCUCAAGGGGCUACGCCUCAUAAACCAGCUCCCAAAGAUGUACAGGAGCUGAAGAAGAAUUUACCAGUUACCCAACCCUCUGAAUCACCGCCCCCUGAGCCGACCAAGGAGGCUAAAGAAGGGACGGUUUCAGUACAGCCCGAAUUUGACAAACCCCUCCGGACCCCACAUCAAACGUCCCCACAGCUGCGUAAGCUAAACGGUACUCAGGUAAAUUCAGACUCCAUCAUCAAGGACAGAUAUGUCGGAUCUCCAAGUCGCAAAUUUAGUCCGAUACUAGAUCGUAAACUACGCAACCUGAAGAGUGGUGAAGCCCACGGGGCUCGAGAUGGACCUGCCGCGUCCCCUCUGGCUCUUUUAAUGGCGGCUAAAGAAAGAGACAAACAAAAAUCGGCUUCCUUUGUAUCACAGGAAAACAGGAGCAAGGCGAUUGAGCAGCCAAGCGCCAGCAUUCAACCGAAUGACAUCGGUCCCAAUUCAUUUAGUGUCACCCCGAUGUCCAGCUCGUCCUCUUCUCUAACGUCUUUGGACAGAGUACAGGAGGGUCUAAAGUCCGUCUGUCCAGUGGCACAAACAGUUCAGCCUCCAAUCAAAUCCAGCAGUGUCGCUCCGGCCAAGGAUCCGAUGUCAUCCGCGGGUUCAGCUCUCAGAGGGACGGUAGCGUCCCCAAGUGCGACCAACUUGGUUGAGCAGAAGCCAAGCGCAACACAAAGCCCCUCAAUUUCACAACACACACAGCCUGAGGAGAUAAUUAUGCCAUUACUCCCUCCGCCGCCAGAGUUUGGAGAUUUGGAUGACAUUGUGGAGCCGCCUCCCUCCAUGCGUCCCCCUGACCCUCCCAGGAAAAAGGCACCAACAGUAACUGAGGUCCCUCGCCCUCCAUCCCAUGUUCCUCCUCCCCCACCGAGACCCAAAAUACCAGAAGCUCCAAAACUCCCCCCUCCUGAAAUCAUCGCCAAACCAAUGCAGCAAACUCAGAUGAAACCCAAGACAGCCCCCGCUCAGCUCCCAGCCACUAUUUCACCCAACCAGGCCACGCUGCUGAGCAUCCUCCAAAAGAAGAUGAUGGAAAUGGACCCGAAAAUGGCCCCGGCGAACGAGGCAGAGUCCUCCUCUGAUGACUGGGGCGCCCCCAUGUACGAUGAGGACAAUAAAGUCCCUGUUGUCCAGACAGCCGCACCACAGAGCAAGAAUUACCCUGUGGUCAACAAAGCAGCAACGUUGAACAUGCAGGAGCUGGAGCGUAAAGUGGCCAAAAAGUAUGAGGAAACCUCUUCAGGGAAAGUUCCCAAGAGCAACGGGACCCAGUCAAUACAUCAGCACGGGAUGACCUUUACUGUUCGGCCUGGAACGCAGCAGCCCAUUAGUCUCGUGCGUAAAGGGGAUCCGUAAUGAGACUUUUUAAAGAGACACGUGUUCUUCUGCUUAUCUUACUUUGCACGGGAUUGGAUCAUGUGUUUUUGCUUCAGAAGGCAUUUGUACAGAAGCACUUUGAACAAAUGACUUAACAAAUAUGUUUGAAAUGUCCCAUAGAUACGGUCUGCUGAGUCAACGCACGCCUCAAUCUUAUGAGAACACACCAUCACUGUCAAAUUGUGUUUUCUGUUAUGUAUAUAAUUUCUAGAUGUCAGGUGGACCAUUUUUUGUUUAUUUGCUGCUGCUAUAUAUAGUUUAAUGUUGGAAAUAUUCCCCUUUUACCUAAAGCUGUUUAAUACAACAUCGGUUACAUUCAUUUAAGUUAUUCACAGCUGGCAAGUGAAAAUGAAUCUACAUUACUCCCCUCAAAAAAUCUUGUUAAAUCUCAACUUGCACAUAUCUGUACAUUUUAUUGUUAAAUAAUAACAAUGUAAAAUGCAACUAUUGAAAUUUGUUUUGUAGUUACAUCAUUCCCAUAACUGAAACGUUAGAUGGUUAGACACACACGAUUAAAGUAAAUCUGUCCAUUUGCACAAAGCCAAAUAUGUUUCUCAUAUUUAUUGUUCUCAGAAAUUCUUUCCCAUCUGUAUAAUAAUUAUUUUACUGCAGUAAACGUUGUGUUAAUGUGUCUACACACAUGUACAUAUUUUCUAUAAGCUAUUUCAAAUGUUCGUUGUAAAGUCUUUAAGCAAACAUGUUCAACAACUAAUCUGAAACUAAAACAAUUGUGUGUUAACAAGACAUCUUAGUGAGGAACGGUGAAAGGGCCGAUGACAUGGUGCUUUUGGGUGUGCAUAGGAGAAUAGAACUGGAACGACGGUUGGAAUGUGGCACCAACAUAAAGAUUUUAUAACUUGAAUAAACUUUUUUUCUUUC